AUGGUACCCUCUGAACAAUCAACACUCGCUAGUAAUUUGGUUUCUUGCUUAACACAUGGUCAACCUAUGGUUCUGUUGGCAACGGCAAGUGUCUAUGCGAUCGGCACGUCCUCCAUUCGGCGCAUCGCCCGCAUUCUCUGCGAUCCUGGUUCGCAGGUAAGUUUUGUAACGGAGAAAUUAGCAAAUCAGCUGCAAUUACGUAGACGCAAACACAAUGUGGCGGUGGAAGGUAUUGGCGCAGCCGCUCAUACUCACACUUCAGGUGGCGCCAAGCUAACGUUACAGUCACACUCCUCAGACUUUGCAUUGAUCAUCAAUGUGCUGAUAAUUCCUUCGAUCACGUCCCUUACUCCUGGCGUACCGGUUGCGACAUCGUCAUGGAAACAUUUACAUGGUCUCCCACUUGCAGAUCCACACUUUGGUACACCAGGCCCAGUGGAUAUUCUUCUCGGCGCUGAUGUUUGGGGUCUAACUGUGGAGGCUGGUAUCGUUAGGAGGCCUACAGACCAACCACACGCACAACGCACCAGUCUCGGUUGGGUGGGGUUUGGGCCGGCCAACGGAGGCUCUUCAACUACACAUCGACCUCAAUCACUUCAUGCUAAGAUUUGUGACUCGGAGGUAUCCUUGGAAGAGCUUGUCCGUUAUUUUUGGAAAUGGGAGGAACUACCCUCAAACACAGCUGUCACCGAAGACGACGAGUGUGAGCAAUUUUUUGCGAUGACACAUACCCGUACAGCGGAAGGGCGGUAUGUAGUCCAGCUCCCUUUCCAUAAAAGUGUAGACUUGGGCGAUUCUUAUACGCAGGCUUUACAGCAGUUUCUUAGAAUUGAGCGGAGACUGGCCGGUGAUGACGAGCUUCAUUCCAAGUAUACCGAUUUCAUGCGCGAGUAUGCCGCCUUGGGGCAUAUGGAGCGAGUCGCCAAUGAGGAACGAACGGCCGCCGAGUACUACAUACCCCAUCAUGCUGUUCUGGCAAAGUUCCGUGUAGUAUUUAAUGCUUCAGCUCGUACUCCCACAGGCGUCUCCCUGAACGAUGUGCUGAUGGUUGGGCCAACCAUUCAGGACCCCUUGGUCCAUAUUCUCUUUAGAUUCCGACUGUACCGGGUAGCACUUAUAGCGGAUAUUGAGAAAAUGUUCCGGCAGGUGGAAGUCGAUGCAGUGCACCGUAAUUACCAACGCAUUCUUUGGCGUGAUACUCCAACCGCACCGGUUGGAAUUUAUCGGCUGAAGACAGUUACAUAUGGUAUGGCGUGUAGUCCGCGCUCUCCACCAAUGUGCACAUGA